GUUAUCUGUGAGCUGUUGGAGGUCGUACGUUGUUGAGUUGUUCCGCAUGCUCGAAUUUUAGAGAUAAUAUUUGGCGGUCCCAGGAUUUUAAUAAAGUAAAAUAAACUAGGACAAAAUGGCUCUCGGAGGAGGAAUGUCGUGUGUGAAAUACCUGCUGUUUUGCUUCAACCUUUUGUUCGCGAUCACGGGUAUGAUCAUAUUGAUCGUGGGCGCCAAGGCCAUGAUCAGUCUCUCUCCCUACAUCGACCUGACGGGAGAGAACUUCUACACUAGCGGACCGGUGGUGCUGAUCAUCGUCGGAGUGAUCGUCUUCAUCGUCGCCUUCUUCGGAUGCUGCGGCGCCGUCAAGGAGAACCACUGCAUGAUCAUCACGUUCUCAAUAUUCUUGCUGGUCAUUUUCGUGGCGGAGCUGGCUGUGGGCAUCGCGGGCUACGUGAAGCACCAGGACCUGGAGAACUCCAUCAUCCGCAACCUGAACGCCACCAUCAAGGACUACCCUACCAACCCUGACGUCAAAAACAGCUUCGAUAUCAUCCAGACUGACCUGAAAUGCUGCGGCAUCUACGGUCCAGGCGACUGGAAAAACAACAGCAUGCCCAUCCCUGACAGCUGCUGCUCGGCUCAAGAGAUCAAGGGCGACGUGGUGGCCGCCUGCAAGCCCGAGAACGUCUACCAGGAGGGUUGCUACAAGAACGUCGUGUCAUUCCUCAACAGCAUCGCUGCCGUGCUCGGUGGAGUCGGCCUGGGCAUCGCUGCUGUGCAGCUCUUGGGAGUGAUAUUCGCGUGCUGCCUGGCGCGCUCCAUCCGCAGCCAGUACGAGACGGUGUAAGCCGCACGUUCCCAACUCUCGGUGUCUAUUUACGUAUCAAUCAGUGUCUAUUCCAACUACAGAUAUUUUGUGAUUUAAGUACAUGUAAUUAUUAAGUAAUACUGUAUUACGGAAUAAUUUAUUUUUUAUUAAUGUUGA